UUUUUGUAUAUGUUAUUAUACCUAUUUUGUUAGUUAUUAUAUAAAAAAAUCUGACAUUGUUGUACAAUGUUGCGUGUGAUAAUUUAUAUUUGCUAACUUUGUCGCAUACCAAGCGCAUUCGAUCAUUUUUUGAGGAACUUUCGUUUGCUCAAAGUCAGGUAAACUGACCUCCGAUUUAUAUGAACGCUAUUUAAAACCAGUUGUAAAACCGUACGUUGGAAGCAACGCCUUCUUGAUGAUUGAGACUCUUGGGGAGGUCAGAAAAAUAUUCACAUGUAUAAUGAAAUUUUUGUGAAUGACGAAAACAAACCAACAUGUAAUUUACAAAUAAUACCGCCGACAUGCACUCCGAUUUGUCAACCCUGCGACGUCUAUUUUUAUCGACAAGUAAAAAUUAUUAUCAAACGCAUUCAAAACUGUCCGGAUAUUAUGGUUAGCGAAGAAAGAAGAGAAUUGAAUACGCAAUAUGACGCUAUACGGAUUCAAUCACUGACUCAUUAUUUAUUAUGUGCUCCGCAAUUUGAAAAAAUGAUCGAAUUCGCUUGGUAUGCAUCAAAAUUAACAAAUGAACGCGACAUAUUUUAUAACGUUAAUUAGUUAUGUUUUCCACCCAAUGUACAUAACAAUAAAUGUAAAUGCAACAUGCGGCUUUCAUUUAUAAAAUAUUCAUGGUGUGUGAAUCAUUUAUGUUUUCUAUGCUUCUAUAUCAAGCGACGCGGUAGCGUCGCGACGCCAAGUACAUAAAAAAUAAAUAGCCGCAUGAGAAAUAGCCGCUUGAUACAGCACUGGCGUGACAUCGUCGAGGCGCUACCAAGUAGCUUAUUCGGAAUUUACAUCAUUUGACAGAUUUCUUAACCUGAAAAGUGAUCAACUUUAACGAUUAAUAUCCCGCUUUGUGGGGCAGAGCGACGCUUUUUUCUACCAGAUUCUUUCGUUUCGUGUAAAUCGUCUCGAAAGAGCUUAAUGAGGCCGCUAAACUGAAUAUAGGGGAGACCGGGGCUCGUUGGCACAAGAGGCAAGUUGGCAUUGCGUUCAAUUAAUGUAUUUGUGGCAAAAAAACUAUAAGAAAGUUACUUCAAAAUAACUCUUUCAUAACGUAGAUACUUUUCUCAAAGUUUCAUUUAAAUAAAAAAAGUAUUAUAAUAAAAACAAGGAACAUUCUGAUUCAAGAGCAGCCAAGUAAAUUUUUGAGCAUUUAAAACUUUCGUAUUAAUAUUCUUUAGCUUGAGAGAAUAAAUCUAAGUAUCGCAUUAUUAGUUAAAAGAAAUGUUUCUGUUACUGUUAGCACAUGUUAUUUUGAAUAAUGACAAUAAUUAUUUAUAAUAAAAUGAUUUAAAUCAAAUGUGUGUAGAGCUGGGGUACGUUGGCUCAAAUUUUAUGAGGUAUGUUGGCUCAUAGCAUUAACAUAGCAUUAGGUUAGGUACGUUUAUGUAUUGUUGCUGUGUGAGAAGUGAGAACAUACCUACGAUCCUACGAUUGCUAUAGUAUUUAGAAGUGAUACAUAAAAGUGAUACAUAGAAGAUUAAUUGUAAGUAACUUUAUAUAUGUAUAAUAUGAGACUGCUAAAACAAUUCUAUGCGUGUAUAUAAUAAUGUAACCUCAAAUCUAAUUGUAAUUAUUGUAAUUAUCGACGCAUAGCCAACUUAUACCGUGAUGUAUGUCAAUUUACCCCACUAUCGGGGCAAGCUGGCUACAAUGCAAUACGUUCGUAUCUCAUUCAUUACAAAAAAACUAUGCAGUAUACAGGAUCGUUUCUGGCAUGGAAAUGUAGAGAAAGGUUUGCUCUAUCAUAUUAGUACAAUUUCAUUAUUAUAAUUAGUUGUUUAAAGAGUCGAAUGACGAAAUUAUAAAAAUGGUGCCAACGAGCCCCGGUCUUCCCUACUUACCGGAUUACAGUACGUAACUCUCACGAGACGAGGGUUCGAGACCCACUGAUCAGGGCCAACAAGCUCAAAUGACGAUCAAGAGUUUUCAGUUAUGCUCCCCCGCCUCUACCAGAUGUCGCCAGAGAAGGAUGGAAAAAGAAGUUUAUUCUCUUAUGCGAUAAAGAUUCUAUGCUGUAAGCAGUCCUUUAAUGACAAAAGCUGAUAAGCAGGCAAUAAUAAUCUUAAUCUUUUACAAAAUGAGCCAUAAGAAGUGUUCCAUUUAUGACUGUUCUUCAAAAAAUAAACGCAUGUUCGCGUUUCCUAAUCCUGAGAAGGAUGAAGAACGAUAUAAAAAAUGGAUAAUGGCCUGUGGCAAUCCCAUAUUAAAAGACGUACCACAUAAUAAAAUAGUAAAAAGGACAAUCUGCGAAGACCAUUUUGAAGAUAAAUAUAAAUUAAAGAAAAAAUUGAGUUAUUGCGCAGUACUAACAUUAUUUUUACCAAGAUGCAUUUAUGAAGAUACAUCUAAUGAUAGUAAUACUACAAUGAUAGCAAUACAACAAGACUAUAAUGAUAACAAUACUAUAAAACUACAAGAUGAUACAUAUGCUAUUGCAAGUACGUCAAAAGAUGAUACGACAUACGAAGAUAGGACAGGAUGUAACAGUAGGAAUGAAACAAGAAAUAAUGUGCACGAGAAAAGAAGGGAGGAAAAUAAUUAUAAUAAAAUAAGAGAGAUAGGUUAGUCAAUUAUGUUAUGUAUAUUUGAAAUAUAUAGUAUAUGUGUAUAUAUGUAUACAUAUGCACAUAUUGUAUAUAUCAUAUAUACAUAUACAGCCAUAUAUAUACAGUAGGGUGCAGUGAAUCCCUGGAAUAAUAAUAGAAAACGUAUUGACAUGACUUGCCUGGGUGGGUCGAUAAUUAUUAACGCGCGCGGAUCAUAAAAAUAUUUAAACAAAAGAAAUAUUAGAAGUAGCCUUUUCUUUCAAACAUGCGCACACAUACACACACACACGCACACACAUAUAUAUAACUAUAUCAAAGGGUUAAAACAUACAUAUAUAUACAUAUGUUUGAAUAUUUUGAUGCACCACGCAUGUUGAUCAUUAUUGACUCAAGUUAUAGGUAAAUUAUGUCGUAGGGCUUCAUUAUUACCAAGCAAUGCUUGACUGCAGCCUAUUGUACAUACGUAUAUAUAGAUAUACAUAUGUACAUGUAUGUACAUCUAUAUAUUAUAAGAAAAAGAUGAAAUCAAACAUGCAGUCUAGCGUAUUAUAUAU